AUGAGAACGACGAUAAUUGUUAGUUUAAUUUUUCUAAUUCCGAAAUAUCAGAAUGCUGCGGCCGUUACAACAGCUGAUCGUAUCAAAUAUGCCGGCUAUUCAAGUGAAACCCAUAAAGUGAAGACACCGGAUGGUUAUCAACUGACAAUAUUUCGCGUCAAGAAUUCCGUGCAAAAGAGAAAACUUGCGGAUGGUCCUGUUGUACUUCUUAUGCAUGGUCUUUUUAGUUGUUCCGAUUGUUGGGUUAUACGUGAAUUGGAAAAUCCUUUGGCAUUCGAAUUGGUCGAUAAGGGCUAUGAUGUGUGGUUGGGUAAUGCACGCGGAAAUGCCUAUGGUGAUCGUCACAUGAAAAUGUCAUCGAAUGAUAGGCGAUUUUGGCGUUUUUCAUGGCAUGAAAUUGGUACAAUUGAUUUGCCCUCAAUGAUCGAUUAUAUUCUCAAGGAAACGCAACAGUCGUCACUACACUAUGUCGGUCACUCUCAGGGUUGUACCAUUAUGUUGGUCUUACUUUCAACACAUCCAGAAUAUAAUAACAGACUGAAAUCCGUGCAUUUACUGGCCCCGGCGGCCUAUAUGGCAAAUGUUCGUGCCCCCUUGUUUCAGCUAAUGGUACCGAUUUUUGGUCGUUCUCCAAUUAUAAGUGAACUGCUGGGCGAUAUACCCCUUCUACAAAUUCCGCUUUUACAUCAACUACUCGGAUUAGAACAGUGUCGUACAGGCGUUGCAAAUCCCGAAUAUUGUUCAUCGUUGUUAUUUAUGGUAGCUGGUGGUUAUUCCAGAUAUUUAAAUCAUGACAUUUAUGCCACACAUCCAUCACCAUCGUCCACCCAUCAGGCCAUACAUUAUUUACAGCUUAAAAUAUCCGGACGCUUUCGCCAAUAUGAUUUUGGGCGGGAAGGCAAUAUUCAGUUGUAUAAUCACUCAGCACCACCUGAAUAUCCUUUGGAAAAUAUUAAUCCGAAAUUUCCUCUACAUUUGUAUUACAGCGAUUACGAUGAGUUGGCAACGCGUAAGGAUAUUGAGAAAUUGAGUAAACGUUUAGGGAACCGUAGUGUUGAUCAUUACAUUGAUUUGAAGGAUUUUGCUCAUAUCGAUUUUAUUUGGGCAAAUAACAUCCACGAUGUUAUUAAUCGGCCGAUUUUGGAAAUUAUGCAGGAUAACGAAGAGCUGUUGGCCAAAAAUAAUACCAUAUUAUAA